AUGGCUGUCUACAAGCUCAAGGCUCUCGCCAGCAUUCUGGCCCUGUGCGCCCCCCUCGUUGCCGCCACCGGCACCCAGGUAGAGAGUGCCCUGUGCAUGUCUGCCCACACCGAGACCGAGACUCCCUACACUCACGAGUAUGGCGCUGCCAUUUCUGACGGCACUGUCAUUCACUCCAUGACCAUCUGCUCUGUCGUCCACGAGACCAAGUGUACCGACACCACCUCUGUUGGUGGUGAGUCCAUGCAGCCUCCUGCUGCCACCGAUGUCCCCUCCGCUCCCGCUGGAGAGCAGCCCUCGGUUCCCGUUGGCGGCGAGCAGACUACCUACCACGAUCAGGGUGUCUCUUCUGGCACUGAGGGUGUUCCCGUUCCCUCUGUCCCCAUCGUUUCCACCACUGUUACCCCCAUGGCUUCUGGCGCCUCUGAGUCCAACUACGCCCCUCCCGUUGGCGCUACCAAUUCCGCUGCCUCUGGUGAGCAGGGCUCUGUCCCAGCUGUCAACCCGUCUGGUGCGGUUCCUUCUGAGGGUGGUGAGGCUGUCCCUCUGCCUUCUCUCAUCAGCACCACCGAUGUGUCUGGUAACCCAACCAUCCUCACCACUCUCUACAGCGAGCCCUCUGCCGCUGUCAGUGGCACUGCCACUGCUACCGUCAUUGAAUCCGAGACUGACUACGAUACGGCCGUCUCUGGAACUGCCACUGGCACUGACGCUGAGGAGACCGAGGAUGUCACUCCUACUGGCACUCCCAUCGUCACUGCCUCUGCAGCUGCCAAGCAUCUUACUCCCAGCACCAUCCUUGGCUUCGUUGGCAUCCUUUUCGUUGCCGUCUUCUAA